AUGGGCGUAUUAUCGUAUUACACGUCUAAGGAUAAAAUGGUUCGUGGCGAUAGGCGCGGUUGUGUGAAGUUGAAAAAUGCUCAGAUGGGUAUUAAUGAUGAAGAUGACAGUACUUUUACAAUCACCGUGGAUUCCAAGAUAUUCCAUUUCCAAGUGGUUGAAGUAGCAGUGGAUGAUGUCAUUUCGAAGUCAAAUGUUAACCAUUUUUCAGCUCGAGACGCCGAGGAACGACAAAGAUGGCUAGACGCCCUUCAAGAAGCGCGAGAUCUUCAUACUGACAACUACGCCCUUUUACAACAUGUACGUUUCUUCUCCUCUCUAUUACUUAUGUGUGAGAGGGUGGAGUUGUUGCCGUCGUCUUGCAAGCCGCUUCGCGAUGACUCUUUCUCCUUAAGCACAAGUCGUCUUCUGGACUCCGCAGCCACCGUCUCCGAGUUCGAUCGUCGGAUUAUCGAGGCGGACGCCUACCUCCAGAUUCUCAUUGAUCAGCAUCAGGUGCGUUCUCUGUGCAAAUACGAGUCUUCUCCCGUGGUCUUUUGUCGCAGGUCAACAAGGCUGUCCGAACUUGUGAUUUGGGGUUGGACGAACUCCAGACCUGUCAGGGGCACUAGGCCUGGUGAUUUAAAAGCUCUUGCCGAUUCUACCACAGUUCUCCUUGCUACAACAACUUUAGUAAAGGGCUUAAUUCGUCUACGUCAGUGGUUAAUGGGCAAACCGGAAGCCAUGCAAUCUGGCGCGUCUCAAACGGCCUUUUUACCAAACACAAUCGCACUUGUAGCGCCGCGUCUGCUUGUCGCGGUUGUUUGGCUUCGGUCCCGUGAAUUCGUAACCAGUAACAUGCGUCAGUUUGUGGCGUCGAAUGCGUCCUCAGCUAGCACAUCCGCGAUGUCGAUCAAACUCAACUCCGCAGACAACCAAUUGGUCGGCAAUGCUGCUCCCCACACCCCUACACCCUCGGACAGUUUGGUCACAGCUCGAUCGGCGUCCGACAUCACCGACCCGACUGCUGGCUCUGAGUCUCUGGCGUCGUCUUACAACCACCACCACCAUCAGCCGGCGUCACACCAACUCAAGCUCCGCGACAUUCCCGCUUUCUCGUACUCCUCGUCAGAGGGUGAAGAGGAGGAGGAUAUAUUCUACGACACACGGGAACACGUUGCCUCGGUGUCGCCGACCGUCUCUAACGUCUCGCGCUGUCACUCCUCGCAGCUUUCGAAAAGCGGAUCUGAUGAGACCCACGAUUCGCCUGUUGCGUCGAUUCGCAUACUCACUCAUUGCAUGUACGCUGGCUUCUUCACCAACACGCCACCUCUGGGAGCUCCUAGGUGCCUCAUGGGAGGUCUUCUCGGCGCUGUGAUCUGGAAAAAACCCACCUCACACACUCGCACACACCACGAUUUCACAGUUUCUCUUGAAAAAACGGCAGAGCCUGGUGCCUCAGUCCGCCUCCCCUCUCCCACCCCCAAGCGCCUUCUUCCGUCAGCUCCUCUUCUCUUAUUCGCUAUUUUCCUUUUUUACAGAUUGAGUCGCGCAGAAUAUGUUGUCAAUGGUGAAGGUGGCGGCGUUAGCAGUCUUCAGCCGCUUUGUGGCGUCUACCCCGAUGUAACCGACAUGGAGAAGAACCAUUUCGGGAGUGUUGUGAGCGUCGGCAGCGCUGUCAGAGAUCGGGUACCAACCAAGUACAGCAAGGUCUUCGCCUACGACUCCCUCUACGACGACGACGAUGAAAAGGACUUGGGCUCACUUCAGUCGGAGGGCUCGGUGAUAACCUACCUGAUCUCCCAGCUCCGGAUCGGCAUGGACCUGACGCGAAUAACCCUGCCCACCUUCAUCCUCGAGAAGCGCUCCACUCUCGAGAUGUACGCGGAUUUCCUGGCCCAUCCCGACCUCUGGAUUGCCAUCGGCGAUGGCGAGACGCCUCAGUCUCGCCUCAUCGCCUGUCUUCGGUGGUACCUUUCGGCUUUCCACGCUAGCCGCAGAACCCCCGUAUGCAAGAAGCCGUACAAUCCGAUCCUGGGGGAGAUAUUUCGGUGCUGCUACUGCCUCGGCCCCGAAACCGACCUUCCGCCGUUGCAGGAGGACCAAAUUCCGGCCACCUACGAGGAAGACCAACUGUCCCGCUACGGCCCCAUUCCAUACGCUGCCGACGAUUGUGUCGUCUUUCUUGCUGAACAGGUAUCUCAUCAUCCGCCCAUCUCUGCAUUCUACGCUGAAUACAUUCCCAAGCGCAUUCAGGUGUCCGGUCACAUUUGGACCAAGUCAAAAUUCCUCGGUCUGAGCAUCGGCGUGGAAAUGGUCGGCAACGCGACCAUCGUUCUGCUAGAUCGACCCGGCGAGGAGUACGUGGUUACAUUCCCCUCCGCUUACGGCAGAAAUAUCCUCUCGGUGCCGUGGGUGGAACUCGGCGGUCAGUGUUCGGUCUCCUGCGCCAAGACCGGGUACUACGCCACCGUCAACUUCCGCACCAAACCCUUUUACGGCGGAAAGAAAGACCAGAUCCGUGCCGAGGCCUUCGCCCCCGACAGCAAAAAACCCUUCCUCGUCGUCGAAGGCGAGUGGAACGGGCAGAUGAUUGGGCGGUGGACCGAGGAUGGGAGCGAAGAGCUCUUCGUCGACACCAAAGUGCUGCCAAUUAUGAAGAAGCAGGUCCGUCCCCGUCCGAAACAACUUCUCAACGAGUCUCGAAGAAUGUGGGAGUCGGUGACGCAGAACCUCAAGCAGGGCAACAUCGACGCCGCAACCGAUGCAAAAUCCCUCCUUGAACAGCGUCAACGACGAGAGGCCGCGGCGCGCCUCGAAGCCCACCAAAAGUGGCAUCCCUUCUAUUUCACCGAGGUGGGGGGCAGCGCUGAGCCGGGUGUGGCGCCAGGAAAGAGCGUCACCUAUGCCUACAAGUGGCCCCUCGCAGCCAGGAGUUGCCCUCCCCCUGCCUCCGCCUCGGUCGGCGGCGAGAACACCUCCAGUGCAUUCUCAUCCCACGAGGCUGCCGAUAUGUAA